AUGUGCUGCUUGUUUGCCGCUGCUGCUGCUGCUGCUGCUGCUGCUGCUACCCCGCUGUCGCUGGGGCUGGGGGACAGUCCCCAAGUGACAGAGCCGCGGCUGCUGCUGGCAACAGAAGACGGAAAGUUAUAUCUCAUUGAGAGACACAAGUGGCAGGAAAUCAAGAUCUGCAACUGCGUCCGCGAGGCCCCGCUGGACAUGCCCCUCACAGUUGCACAGCUGCGGAAUUUAACUCUCUCGAAACUUGUGCAAAGAAUAUCCAACCGGCAGCAGCACCUGCUGGCGUACCGGAUUUGCGACUACUCGGGACUUUCUUCUCGAUCUGUUUUUGUUUCUUGGGCUCUUCAAAAGAUCCUUUUGAAUUCUUCUUUAACAGAUGAAGCUUUAGCUGCUGCAGUCUGCAGCAGAAUGCAUGCAGCAGCAGCAGCAACGCCCGCAGCAGCAGCAGCAGCAGCAGCAGCAGCGGCGGCUGCGGCGGCUCUGGCUGCGGGGCGGCCUGUGCUGGCCACUCGUCUUGCUGCCUUCGAGGAAGAACCCAAACUGGAGCAGUACUACGAGCGGGUGGCUGCAGCGGAAGAGGCGGAAGCCCUUGGGGCUUUGGAACUCCUGGCUAUCCAGAGAGACCUGGAGGUAAAGGCCAACACAAGUGGGUGGCUAGGGCCCCCCCACAACUUCAUGGGUUUGUCUUUGAUGCAAACAAUUCGCCAACUUAUUCUCAAGAUGGAACUGGCCGAGGCGGACCAUUUGAAGAAAAUCUUCAAAGUCAGCGACAGCCGUUACUGGAGGUGCAAGAUCGACGCGCUUGCGGACGGACUCAACUUUGACGAGCUCCAGGCCUUCGCGCGUUUUCGAACAUCUCCAAUUGGCUACGAGCCUUUUGUGGAGGCUUGUUUGAGAAAAGGAAACAAAGAACUAGCCCUUCAACUCACUUAUAAAGUUAAAGACCCAAACUCUAGGGCCCGUUUUCUGGGGGCCCUAGGAAGGCAAGAAGAGGCCGCGGCGGCGCUGCAGGCCCCUCAGCAGGGCGUAGGAGGCAGUUUGCUGCAAGCCAUUUCAGGGGCUUUCUGGAGACGAGGAUCUUCCAAUGAUUAA